CCGGCUAGCCUGCGGGAGGAGGACCCAGGGGGCACAAACCGGAGCGUUCCGCCCGCGCACCAGGGGCCGCGACUGCGUUUCCGGGACUCGGGCAACGACGCGUCGCCCGACCGGUAGGAGCCGCCCUCAGCGUGCUGACUCGGCGACCGCGACGGGCGCUUCCUCUUCGUCUCCCUCAGCGACUUACCACUUGACACGCCGACAUGGUUGAAGCAGAUCGCCCGGGGAAGCUUUUCAUUGGCGGGCUCAAUCUCGAAACCGACGAGAAAGCCCUCGAGGCUGCGUUUGGCAAGUAUGGCCACAUCAUCGAGGUGCUCUUGAUGAAAGACCGAGAAACCACCAAGUCGAGGGGCUUUGCGUUCGUCACCUUCGAAAGCCCCGCAGACGCCAAGGCCGCCGCCAGAGAUAUGAACGGCAAGUCCCUGGAUGGUAAGGCCAUCAAGGUGGCCCAAGCCACCAAACCGGCAUUUGAUAGCGGCCGGCGGGGCCCGCCGCCGCCGCCCCGAAGCCGCGGCCGCCCGAGGGGCCUGCGCGGGGUCCGGGGAGGCGGCGGCGGCCCGCGGCGACCCCCUUCCCGGGGCGGGCCCGCGGACGACGGCAGCUACGCGAGGGAUUUCGACCUCCCGCCCUCCAGGGCCCCGAUGCCCAUGAAGCGCGGGCCGCCGCCGCCGCGCAGAGCGGGGCCGCCCCCCAAGAGGGCCGCGCCGUCGAGUCCGACUCGCAGCGGCGGCGGUGGAAUGCGCGGGCGGCCUCCCGCCGCGCGCGGGAGAGACGGCUGUGCUGGCCUGCCGCGCCGGAUGCCGCCGCCCCGGGUGCCGCUCCCGCGCCGGGACCCCUACCUGGGCCCCCGGGAGGAGGGCUACUCGCCCAGAGACGGCUACUCGAGCCGAGACUACCCAAGCGCCCGCGACCCCAGGGACUUUGCGCCCUCACCCAGAGAGUACACCUACCGCGAUUACGGCCACUCCAGUGCCCGGGACGACUGUUCACCGAGAGGCUACGGCGAUCGAGACGGCUACGGGGGCCGCGACCGCAACUACACGGAUCACCCGAGCGGAGGCUACCGAGACCCUUUCGACAGCUACGGGGAGCCGCGCAGCGCCGCCCCGGCGCGGGGGCCGCCGCCAUCUUACGGCGGGAGCGGCCGCUAUGAAGAGUACCGGGGCUGCUCGCCCGACGCCUAUGGCGGCGGCCGCAACAGUUACGCCGGCGGCAGGAGCGACCGCUACUCCAAGGGCCGCGACCGGGUAGGCAGACCGGAUCGUGGGCUUCCCCCGUCCGUGGAAAGGGGGUGCCCUCCCCCGCGUGAUUCCUACAGCCGGUCGGGCCGAAGAGUGCCCAGGGGCGGAGGCCGCCUAGGAAGCCGCUCGGAGAGGGGGGGAGGCCGGAGCAGAUACUGAGCGCUCACAGUCUUGGGACCAAAAUCUGUUUUGAAAGAAAUUAACGAAAAGAAGAACCUGUUAUAUCUUAACGACCCAAGGACUAGUACAAGGAAGAGUUGUUUUUGCCUUUUAAGAAUUUCUUGUUAAG